AUGAAUUUCAUAAAAAACCUCUUUGAAAUAUUCUCCAGAACUCUCUUUCCAAGUACGAAACAGAAAAAGCUAAUGGAAACAUCAGAUCAGUUGACAUACUUCAUCACCUGGGUCGUUGCCAGUGGAGUCAUCAUGAUAAUAGGCGGAUUAGCCGUAUAUUUCAUAAUGAAGAUGUUCGAGAAGAGCAAAUCUGACGAGUUAGCAGAAGAUAUUUCGGAGAAACCAUCUGAAGGCGACAGUAUUUUUUCAUUGGGAUAA